AUGCCAAGAUAUGAUGAAAGAAAAUUUAUGAGGGAGAAUGGGAGGAGGGAGACCGAGUUUGGGAUUAGGAGGAAGAAGAAGUUAGAGAGGGUGAAGGAGGAGGUUGUUAGGAUAAGAAAAGAAAAGAAAAUUCUCAUAGUGGUGACUGAUGAGGGUGUGGUAAGCAAGGGGAAAAAAGAGAUGGAGGAGGAAUACAUUUUUAUUUCAAAGGGGAAUGGUAGGGUGGUUUUGUAUGCAGAGCUAGUGAAGGGGAUUGACCUAGAUUUUGGACUAGCAUAUAACACUUGUCUAGGUGAGUAUGAGGAGGAAAAUGAGUCUCAGGGUACUGAACCGAUUUGCGAGUUUGAAGACAUGCCCUUGGUUGAUAACAUUAUUAAUCAUCUUGACACUGAAUGUUCAUAA